AUGGAAAUUAGGAAACAAAAAUCCAGGAAAAAAUACUUUAUUUAACACACCCAUUUCUCUCCUUCUCCCUCCUCCUCCUCUCUCUCUCUAGACUUGGAUUCUAUUCCCUCUCAAUUCCAAUCCACCUCCUGCCCCACCUCCUGCCCCACCUCGCAGCAGCACAAAUUUUCUAUAUAUAUAUAUAUACCUGGUAUACCCCCACGCACGAAACGCAAACUCGGAAUCAAAUCGAUCUACCGACCGACACCACUGAUGGCCGCCGCCGCCGCUGACGGUGAGAAGUCGGAGAACACGGUGGCGGAAGAGGUUUCGAGAGCGGUGGAAUCGGCCAAGGAGCUGCAGGACUCGGCCUCCGCCUUGAUUUCGCGAAACGCGCGCGAGGAAGACGCGCUCCGCCAGCGCGUUGUCUCGCUCGAUUCCACAAUCCGGCAAAUCCGUUCGUCCGUUUCCUCCUUGGUCGGGCACGGCAAAUUGGAUCCCAAGGAGGCCGAGAAACUGGAAGAGGAAUUAUACAGAGCUAGCUACACAUUGAGUGAAGGAGAUGCGGCCGCGUUUAUUCCGAGCAAAUCUCACGGGAGGUUCUUGAGUAUGUUUCUUGGUCCGAUUAAUGUGCGUGCAACCAGGAAGGAUGUUAAACUGAAAGUGAAAGAGGAGUACAAUAGCUUCAGAGAUAGGACCGCUUUUUUGUUUCUUGUUUUCCCGUCGCUGCUACUUGGAUUAAGGUCAUGGAUAUGGGGUGGUUGCUUUCCUGCAUUGCCUGUUCAGCUUUACCAGGCCUGGUUGCUAUUUCUCUACACGGGAUUGGCUUUGCGAGAGAACAUACUUAGAGUGAAUGGAAGUGAUAUUCGCCCAUGGUGGAUAUACCAUCACUACUUCGCUAUGGCUAUGGCACUUAUCAGUCUCACUUGGGAGAUAGAAAGGGAACCUGAUUGUGCCCAGAAGCAGAGAGGAGUUCAACUAUUCCUGCAAUGGGCUAUCAUGCAAGGAGUUGCAAUGCUUCUACAAAAUAGAUAUCAACGACAAAGACUCUAUACCCGUAUUGCACUGGGCAAGGCUAGAAGAAUGGAUGUUGUCUGGGGAGAAACUGCUGGGGUCAAAGGACAACUAUGGCUGUUGGCACCCAUUCUAUUCAUAUUGCAGGGUUUUGAAGCAUAUGUUGGAAUGUUGCUGCUUAAAAUUGCAUAUGUCGGUGUUGUUUCUGAGUGGCAGGUAAUUACCUGUGGGACCCUUCUGAUUAUCAUGGCAGUUGGGAACUUUGCAAACACGGUGCAAACACUUGUGACAAAAUCUCGGUUCAAAGCAAAAAUGAAGAAAAGUAAAAGCAUGGCGGAAUUGAAUCAUGGAUCCCCCCACUCCUAAGAACCUGUCGACAGCAAGACUUGUGGCGAGGCCAUUUGCUCAAUAAUUUCACCUUCCUACUAGUAGGGCAUCGAUGAUGUUUGCGCAAAGCUACCUUUGACUGCAUAAAACGGGGUUGUACUCUGGAUGUCACACAUGCAUCAUCUGGUUUUGUAUUGGUAUGCAUUAAUCUUUCAUGUGAAAAAAAGAGCAUUUUUGUUA